UUUAUUUUAUUUUAUUUAUUGUUAUACUCCAUAAAGAAAAUGAGCAGUUCAUCAGAGGAGUGUGAGAGGAAGUACAAGGGCGUGCGGCGGCGCAAGUGGGGGAAAUGGGUGUCGGAGAUAAGGGUCCCCGGCACCCAAGAGCGGCUGUGGCUGGGCUCGUAUGCCACCGCGGAGGCGGCUGCGGUGGCACACGACGUGGCAUUCUACUGCCUGCGAGGGAACUCGUCGCCGCAGAAUCUCAACUUUCAGGCGCUGCAGUUGCCCCCAGGUGUCUACAUGGGGUUGUCGCCCCGCUCCGUGCAGAGGGCGGCGUCCGACGCUGGAUUAGCCACCGACGCCCACUUCGUCUUACACAGACCUACUUCAUGACAGACAGACAUAUAUUUCUAUAUUUCUCCUCUUCAAGAUUAUCUCUAGUUAUAUACAUGAAUUUUGUUUUAUUGAAACACCAAUUUCAUUCGAAAUGUUUUCUUCCUG